GGAGGCCUCAGGCUCUACCAGGGGGACUUUAGGAGAACCAGCCACUGCAUCAGGCCCUACAAAAACAGAUGAGAAAGAAGACAGAAGCCCAAGAUGUUCUUUUCCUUCAAAGUAGGAACACCCUGGCCUCAGACAGACCCAGCUGGAAGGGCUCUAAGAGGCUGAAAGGCUAGGCAGGACCAGUACAAAGCUGGGGGAAAGGGAGGGCCCAGCCCUGCACCAGUGGGCGUGGCUCCACCCUUCCCACCUCAGAGCCAUGGGGAGCCGGGGUCCCGGUGGGUGGCCCCUGGUGCAAGCCCCCUACACGGUUCUGUUGCUGCCACUGGAGACAAGCCGCCAAGACCCAGGGGCCCGGAGCUUCUUCCUCUGGCUGCAGAGGAUGCAGGCACUGGAGCGGGAGCAGGACGCCCUUUGGCAGGGGCUGGAGCUGCUGGAGCAUAGCCAGGCCUGGUAUGAGGGCCGUCUGAGGGAGGCUCAGCAACAGCAGCUGCACGUGGGGGCCCUUGGUGAGAAUUUUCUAACGGAUUUACACUCAGAGCCCGGUGGCCCCCAGUUAGCCCAGAUUCAGAGAGUGAACAUCUGCUUGCAGAAUCUGCUUCAGGGGAAGUUCUUCCCACAUCCCCCAAACAAAGCUAGUUCCUGCACCACCCAGGACUGGAAGGGAAGGCCAAGGAAACAGGACACAUGGCGGCAACAGGAGAUGUCAAGGCAGCAGAAAGGAGGCAUUCAGCAAACAGGGGAGACGGCUCAGCCAGGCUGCCCCCAUGGACGGAGGGGCCCUACCCGUGUCUAAAGGCUCCUUUGGUCCCCUCAGUCAUGCCAACGAGACUGAGAGAACCCCUAGCCUCCUUAUUCCAACUCAACAACUAAAUGGCUCUGGGUGGGAGGUCAACUGAAAUCCAAAUAUACUGGUGUAAAGUUUUUUCUCUGCUCCUGAAAACUUCCAUUUUAUCUUUUUUGGUAUUUCAUGCUCUCACUCUUCCCUAUGCAUGCAUGCUCAGUUGCUUCAGGCAUGUCUGACCCUUUGCGAGCCCACCAGGCUCCUCUGUUCAUGGGAAUCUCCAGGCAAGAAUACCUGAGUGGGUUGCCAUGCCCUCCUCUAGGGAAUCUUGCUGACUCAGGAUCGAACCCAUGCUUCUUAGGUCUCCUGCAUUGGUUCUUUACCCACCUGGGAAGCCCCGCCCGCGACGCCCCACCCCCCCCCAGCUUUCCGUUACUAUGUACAUAAGUGAUCUUUCUCUGAAGUCUCUCUGGGGAGAAGACAUGUUUAUUGGCAUUGUCCUUCAAUUUUAAAUACAAAAAUAAAAUAGAAGCCUCUCCAGAAUUUCAAAA